AUGGCUAUCUCGCUUCUGUCCACCCCGACCUACUGGGUACUCAACCUCGCGCUCUGCGUGCUAUACCCCGGCUACAAGACCUUUACACACCUAUACCACGGGCUCUUGUCCGGCCACGACGACGCCAGCGCGGAGGACCCGCGCACGAACUGCGGACUCUUCGCGCACCACAUCCUGUACUGGACCAUUUUCUUCCUCUUCCUCAAGCUGGAGACCUACUUCCUGGUGUACCUGAUCCCGUACUUCCCGAUGUUCUACGAACUCAAGCUGCUCGCCUUCUACUGGCUCUCAUCGUACGAGUUCAAGGGCGCGGGCUACCUCUUCCACCGCUUCGUGAUGAGGCACAUGCUGCACACCAGCAGGCUCAUCCAGCAGGAGCUCGACACCAAGCUGACCCCGAGCCACCGCAAGAUGAUCAGCGACAUCGGACGCCACCUGGGCAGCGUGGAGGACGUGCAAUUCGCCAACGCCGAGCAGUGA